CUCCCUCUCCCUCUCCCUCUCCCUCUCCCUCUCCCUCUCCGCCUGUGCCACCAGCAGAGCUGCCCCGGGAAGGUCCCCGCGCCCCCGGUGCCCCCCCCAGCACCGGGAAAGGAGCGGGGAUCCCCCCGUUCCCAAGGACACACGGGGACCGGUACCGGGGGUCGUUACCGGGGACCGGUACCGGGGGCAGCGAUGCCCGUGGAGCCCCUGGUGUGUGCCCACACGGCCACGCGGGUGAGCUCCGUGCUGAACCGGGACGUGAAGCAGUUCGGGAAGCAGCACCUGUUCGAUGGCAGCGAGGAGACCUGCUGGAACUCGGACCAGGGCACAUCCCAGUGGGUCACCCUGGACUUCCCCCGCCCCGUCAAGGUCUCCCAGCUCCACAUCCAGUUCCAGGGGGGAUUUUCCAGCCGGCUGUGCACGCUGGAAGGCUGCAGAACAGGUGAGGAACUGGUGAAAAUAUCCGAGCUGUACCCCCAGGACAGCCACGCCAUGCAAAGAUUCCAGGUGGAGGAGACGGUGCUGGAUAAGCUGAAAAUCACCUUUGGGAGCAGCACGGAUUUCUUCGGGAGAGUGGUGGUUUAUCACCUGGGGGUGCUGGGGGAGAGGCUCUAGGGGGGACCCCGGGGGCUGUCCCCACCUUGGGGGCUCUGAAAACCCUCGUGAGGGGGAUCCCUGUCCCCUGAGGUGACACCGCUGUGGUGGGACACAGGUGUGGAAUGGGAUCAAUAAAAGAUAUUCCUGUUUUUUCCCUGGAA